GAUGAAUCUGUUUGAUGAUGAUUAUGUCUGUCGGCAUCCAUAUUUUCGAAUCAGCAUUAGUGAUGUUGGAGGACAUGUAAGAACAUUGGAGUAUUACUACAGUAAUUUUGCGAAACAAAAAGAUGACAAGAUGAAACUAGGGACAGAAACAGGAGAGACAGGUCUUUAUGAUGUGAAUAUUGGAAAAGUCAUGGAAUACGUCAAACAUAAGAUUGUAAAUAAAUAUCAAAUUAAUAGAUAUACAAGUUAUUUGUCAGUACCUCUCGCAAAGGCCAUAUUGGGCCUUCCGGUUGGUAAAUUGGAUGCUGUUAAAAAAGAGAAUGUGAAAGACCACGAAGGAAAACUUCAAACCUAUGAGGAACUUGUUUCAAUGGGACUUAUUAACCUGGUUCCGGCAGGGACACUCUACCUUAUUCGUUUACCUUACCUAUGGGUAUGUGCAAUCGCUGAAUAUUCCACUGACCCUGAUUUGUCGAAUUGGAAAUCCAUGUUACAAUAUGAUGAUCCGAUUAAUUGGCAGAAUUUUGAGGAUUUUAAUGCCAAAUUCUUGGCAUUGCACCUCGGUCUUUUUCGUUUACUAGGAUAUGAGAAAAUUAAUUUGAAGAAAUUUUUAAAGGGUGCAGAUUUCUCGCAUAGUUUUCCGGAUGUUGAAGUUGCCUUACCUGAAACUAGAAAUAUCAAAUUGUACAAAUUAUUACAUCGAUAUCCAGUCGCUAAAACUUACAAGAAUCAAGAAGCGAAAUAUGUAAACUUGACAAAAAUGAGAAAUGGUUAUAUCGACCUUGAUUUACUGCAAAAUGAUGAUAUCAAGAAAUACACUGAUGUCUUUGGGCUUCUUAAAUGUGGAACUUCAGAGUCUGAAAUUUGUUGCGUAGCUCAGCAAUUGAAACUAACUACUACUUCAAAUGUUAUCAUCGAUCAAAAGUUAUUUGAAAAUGAGUAUAAAAAGGUUAUUAAAAAUAUGAAGGAAGUUGACACGAAAAAUUGGGUUUUGUUAUUCUUAACAAACGCAGACCAGAAAGACAACCUCUCUGUAAGUGAUAGUCCGAAUAGCGCAUUAGUAUCCAUAGAAAAAAUACAAGAAUUUUAUGGAUAUACAUAUGCAAGUCGAGCACAAUUUGCGUCUGCAAACGAUAAAAUAUACUUUAAUUCAGCACCUGUUGAAUCACUCAAACUUAUUGGAUUUAGCGAUAACGAGAACGUUAAUAUACGUAUUGAACGCAAAAAACGCCCCUUCACUAAAGAUAAAUUUAAGAAGUUAAAGCUUGAUAGAGUUGAAUUUAAUUAAAUAAUCUCGAAAAUCAUCUAUAUUUAACAGUAUUCCCUUUUCUGAUGUACUGUAAUUUAGAGAAAAUUAAACUUAUAUGAAUAAUGACUGCAAUACCGGUUUAAAUUUUCUGAAACUUAAUUAUUGCUAAUAUAAAAUUGAAGCUGACUCUAGCUAAAUUAAUUUAAUAAAAAAUAACGGAGUAGCAGACGUUUAAAGGAAGAAACAUCUCGAGCCUUUUCAAGUAAUAAACAAAUGUAUUUGUUACACUCUAUUGUUGUUUAAUGAAAAAA